UCGCCGCCCAGAACGAGUCUCAGUGACUAUUCCAGACUAACCCGUGUGUGUCCUCGACCCUCCAUGUCCACCUGAACCUGUCCGAGUGGACGCGGCGUGGUUUGUUUCUUCCGGAUCGUCUCCUGGUGUCCUCCGGAGCUCAUGACGUCAGCGUGCUAGCCGCGAGGAGACGGACACGAGUUCAGGACUGACUGCGGCUGCGUGAGAGAUAUCUGGGCUGUUUGAAAGCACGAGAGCACGAGGAGCAACUUUCUAGUUUGAAAGAGGAGCACGAGCGCCAACGGAAACUAAUGGACGCUGUUUUCAACCCGGAAGUCCGGUUACAACGAGCAGAGUGAAGACCUGGACGACCUGUUGGUCAUCUCACGUGACAUGGACCAGCCUAUCAUUGAUGGCGUCCCAUCCGGGGACUCUGCAGCUCCUCCACAGCCAGACCGGCCCAUCGUCGAUGCCGUGACAACCGGUUACACUGCAGCUCCACAGUUGGAUAAGAUAUGUCUUACACCGCUGAAGUUCCAGACCCUGCCUUUAAUUGGAUACCUGCAAGGUGGACAGGCGGUGUAUUUGCUUCCUCCACCGGCCGCCGUACCAACUGCUCCGGCCACCGAUACGACAAAAAAGAGAAAGCGCUUCGAGCAGCACCAUGAGGGGCCGUACGUGAAGAAGCCGCCCAACGCCUUCAUGUUGUUCAUGAAGGAGCAGAGGCCGAACUACGCGGCCCAAAUGAAGACGAGCGGGUGUGCUGUGGUCAACGGCGUUCUCGGGCAGAAGUGGAAGUCUCUGUCCGAGGACGAGCAGGCCAAGUACUACCAACAGGCCGACGUUCAGAAACGCCUCCACGCUCAGUGCCACCCUGACUGGACCUCCGGCAACAACUACGGAGUAAAGCGAAAGAGAGACCGGAGCAGGGCCGGCAAACUGGCCACCAAACUGUCUAAAGACAUUCAGCAGCUGUUGAUCAUUAAAGAGGUUCUCCCUGAGCGACAGGACUGGAGCUCCAGUCUGGAACAGGAAGAACCAGAGCCCCCACACAAUAAAGAGGAACAGGAAAACCCAGAGCCCCCACACAAUAAAGAGGAACAGGAAGACCCAGAGCCCCCACACAAUAAAGAGGAACAGGAAAACCCAGAGCCCCCACACAAUAAAGAGGAACAGGAAAACCCAGAGCCCCCACACAAUAAAGAGGAACAGGAAAACCCAGAGCCCCUACACAUUAAAGAGGAACAGGAGGACCUAGAGCCCCCAAACAUUAAAGAGGAACAGGAAAACACAGAGCCCCUACACAUUAAAGAGGAACAGGAGGACCCAGAGCCCUCACACAUUAAAGAGGAACAGGAGGACCCGGUGCCCCCCCGCAUUAAAGAGGAAAAGGAAGAACCAGAGCCCCCACACAUCAAAAAGGAACAGGAGGUCCCGGAGCCCCCACACAUCAAAAUAGAACAGGAAGACCCAGAACCCAAACACAUUAAAGAGGAAAAGGAAGAACCAGAGCCCCCACACAUUAAAGAGGAAAAGGAAGAACCAGAGCCCCCACACAUCAAAAAGGAACAGGAAGAACCAGAACCCCUACACAUUAAAGAGGAACAGGAGGACCCGGUGCCCCUACACAUUAAAGAGGAACAGGAGGAACUCAGGAUCAGCCAGGAGGGAGAGCAGCUUCAAGAGCUGGAGGAGGCUGGUAUCAAGUUCUCAUUCGCUCCUGUGAAGAGUCGAGAUGAUGAAGAGGAAGCUCAGUUCUCAAAGACAACACAAACUGACCAUGGAGAGGCAGAACAUUUGAAAGCAGGUGGAGAGGAAGUCGGAUCAGAUCCAGAUAGUCCUUCACAACAAACUGCUGAGGAGACUUCACAAUCCUCUGAAUGUGAGUCUGGAAGCAUUGAAGAUUGUAAGGAGAAUCAGGAACCUCAGUCACAUUUAAACCCUUUGCAAAACAAAGAAGUACCUGUAAUUGAUGUUGACUGUAAAACUGGAAAAACAUCAGUCAGCUCCUCUGAAUCUGCUGGAAGCAGUGGCCACAAGAGAAAGCCCAAGAGACGCUCUGGAGCCAAAACAGGAGUGAAACCAUUCAUUUGUGCAGUUUGUGGCAACAAAUUUGGACGAAUGCGUCAUGUUAAAGAACAUGCAAUUGUUCACACAGGGGAGAAACCGUUCAGUUGUUCAGUUUGUGGUCAAACAUUCGGACAAGCACAAAGUCUGAAACGACACUCGGGUGUCCACACAGGAGAGAAACCAUUCAGUUGUUCCGUUUGUGGUAAAACAUUCAGACGAGGGCAAAGUCUGAGACAACACUCAACUGUCCACACUGGGAAAAAAUGUGGUUAAAUACUUUAAAAACUGGAAUGGUUCAUGCAAACUCCACAUUAAGUUUAUUCAGCUAAGAUGAAGCUGCACAUCAAUUUAUUUUCUUUGGCCUCUCAUGAUGCCUCCUGCCUGGUGGGCUGGCCUCCUGGCGCCGUGGCCCUGUUGAUGCCCUCUCCCUCUCCUCUCCACCUCCUGUGUUCAUGGAUUGUAGCGUUUUGGGUCGUGGUCCAUGCCUGGUAUGAACUAUUCAUAUAUUGUCAGAUUCAUUCAAUGUGUUUAUGUAACUCUUACACUGUUCAUCUGUACACAUGACAUCUAUUGUUCUGUCCAUCCUCUUCCUUCUGAAGGUUUCUUCCCUUUUUCGCCUGUGAAAGUAUUUUUUCUGUUUUGGGGGAUUUUUUUCCUGAUCUGAUGUUUGUUCAAAGGUCAAGGAUGUUGUAUUUUUACAGAUUUCAAAGCCCUCUGAGGCUAAUUUGUAAUUAGUGAUUUUCGGCUAUAAAAAAAUAAACUGAAUUGUAUUGAA